AUUCCAGUGUUCAUUCUGUGAGCUGUGAAUACAUGCAGAAGACAUAUACCUAUAUUCAUUAUGAAUUCUGCAGGAAAUGUUUAAUUUUGUGUCGCUCGCUAUAUAAUUGCCUUGGGAUUUUGGGAGCUAACCUGCAGUGGGUGCUGCAGAAAAUAUUUAAUUAAAAAAAAAACACACAGACGUUGGUGACAUAAGAUGACCACCAAAAUGUAAGAUCCUGACGAGACAAACUCGGGUGGAGUUUUGGAGGCCCAGCCUGCUCUGCGUGUGUAGUGUGUGCAAUGAGGAGUUUCAAGGUGUAGGUUUAUCGCAGAGAAAAACAAGGUGUUCUGCAACACCACAGGGGGGCUCAUUGUAGUCAUUGCAGAGCGAUCAUUGCAUUGUAGUGUAUUCUCCUGCCCACACUGUGCUUCAUAUUUUUAAAGCCGUAAUCUUAAUUCGGGGUUGAGAUUUUCAGUGUAAUACGGCUUGAAAUAAAACAAGAUAAACGUGACCGGUAUAUACCUGUACUAACCCGAAGCCGGAUGUUCCUCUUACUACCUCUGUCGGUGAAAGUCUAUGUUAAAUACAGUUUGUUGUUGGGGCUGCUGUACAAAGGUCAUUCUGCAAUCAAACCAAUACUCCUGCAGAAAUGAUAGAAGUAUAACUCAUGAAAUGGACAAUAAAAAGCAUUUAUUUACUGUUUUUUAGCCAUGAGGCGGCUGCUGUUUGCGGUCUGGGUGCUCUUUUACUUCGUCUCGCUGCUGGUUAUACGGGAAAUGUGGACCGGGAGAUACCUGAGGAGUCCACUGGCCAGGGCGCUGCUGGUCAACAUGGCCAGCGAAACGGGACCGCACGGCUCUCAGGAGUGGUACCGGUGCUGCCCGGAGCUGCUGGGCGAGCCCCUCCGGCCCGCCUUCGUUCAGAGCCGCCUGGAUGAGGACACACGCGCCUUCCUGAGCCGCAGCGAGGAGAAGUCCAGCUGGCUCCUGAUGCAGCUCUACCACUCCUUCAUGUCCACCCUCUUCAGCCCCUUCCUCUCCCGCACCUCCAUCAACGGGUUCCUGGGCCGCGGCUCCAUGUUUGUGUUCUCCGCCGAGCAGUUCCGCAGCCUCCUCCGGAUCCCCCCGGAGUGGAGGGCCCGCAGGCUGCUGGACCUGGGGGCGGGGGACGGUGGGGUCACCGAGGUCAUGAGCCCCCACUUCCAGGAGGUCUACGCCACCGAGGUGUCGGCCCCCAUGGCCUGGCAGCUGCAGCGGAGGAACUACACGCUGCUGGGCAUCGACGAGUGGCAGACCACGGGCUUCAGGUACGACGUGAUCAGCUGCUUGAACCUGCUGGACCGCUGUGACCAGCCCCUCACCCUUCUGCGGGACGUCCGCCACGCGCUGGAGCCCGCCACGGGCAGGCUGGUGCUGGCCGCCGCGCUGCCCUUUCACCCCUCCAUAGAAGUGGGUGGAAAGUGGGAGCGGCCUUCAGAAUACUUGAAGAUUAAGGGAGAAACGUGGGAGGAGCAAGUUACCUGUCUGGCCAAUGAGAUCGGCUCGGAUGCGGUCACGCAUAGCGGUAAAUCGCGGAGAAGGAACGGGGUGGUCGCGAGGUCUGUGAUCGAGCCCCGAGGGAGGGUGGCCAGUCCUUCCGCCCGGUUGCGUGGGACCUCGGAGACAGUCACCCCUGCGCGGGCACACGGCAGUGGACUCGGGUUCCGGACCGGCGGCCGUUUCCGUGGUCCCUGCGUACACGAACAGCGAGUGUCCUCCUGCUGGCCGUUCAGGACUGCUGGUCAGGGGACAUCGGCGACGGGCCUGCGCGCAGGGGGGCGUUUCACGCAGAUCGGUGUGGUACCUGGCUAGUCUUCCUCUCGCCUCGGGGAACUGCAGCGCUCGUGACGACGGUGCUGGGCGAUCUGAUGACCCCAAUAUGUUUCCAGUGGAACAUUACUCUGCCGAAGCCUGACCUUUGACAUGUCUUCUGUGGAGUGUGGGGGGCACAAAGUUUGUAAUCGUUUGCUUUCAUGUUAGUACAAGAUCCAUCACUUAUUUCUGGGCUACUGUUCGCUGUGAUUUUUUAAAUCUCAGGGCGUUUUCUGUGCAUCGUCCAGUUUUUAAUCACCACAAGAGAAGUAUGGCCUGUAUGAACUCUGGUGUCAAUAAACACUUGUCCUCUACA